AUGGCGAGCGCUCUGACUACCCUGAUGCGGAUGAUAUGGCGACCUGCCCCAACAGCACCUGAUGGCAAGACCGACUUACACGCUGCCGGAGGCGUGUCAGAUGAGAAAACGUCCGUAUUUCAUGACCUUGUACAUCUGGGCGGUAGGAACACCAAGACAAUGGUCCAGGCAUUCAACACAAUUGCAUCUGGUGAGCCAAUGGACGACAAGAAAUGGCUGCUUGAGAAUGCCGUGGCCAUGUUACAAUCGCUGCCACCAGGCAGUGGGCUAAGUGACAAAGUUUCGGGUGGUUUCAUCAAGAUGCUAUGGCACGAUCUCCCUCACCCGCCUGCGGUUUUGGCUGGUCCAGAAAACCGAUACAGAAGGCACGAUGGAGGAGGUAACAAUCACUGGGAUCCUGAAAUGGGCAAAGCUGGCUCUCCAUACUGCCGAAGUGUUACCCCAGCGAAACCCAAGGGCCCAAACUUGCCUGAUGUCGAGCUCGUGUUUGAGAAGCUACUCAAGCGCAAAGGCCCUUUCAGACCACAUCCAUCUGGCUUGAACAGAUUGUUCUUUUCGUUCGCGACCGUGGUCAUUCACGAGUGCUUCCAGACUUCUCGAACGGAUAAGUGGAUCAAUGAGACCAGCAGUUAUGUUGACCUCAGCACAUUGUAUGGGAACACAGGCACAGAGCAGAAGCGAGUCAGAACGUACGAGAACGGAACGAUACAUCCAGACUCUAUCGCCUCAGAACGAAUCAUGCUCAUGCCACCUGGCGUCGUUGCCGUUCUCAUGAUGUUCUCGCGACACCAUAAUACAAUAGCCUAUUCACUGUGGUCUGUCAAUGAGGAUGGCAAGUACGGUGACUGGGAUGAUCUUACUGAAGAGCAAAAGAAAUGGCAAGACGAAGACAUCUUCCAACUCGCACGAAACAUCAACGUCGGUUUCUUUGCUUCCGUUGUCCUGAGAGACUACGUCGCCGCCAUCUUAAACACUCCCCGUGCCGACUCGGAAUGGUUUCUGGAUUUGGGCGCUGAGAUCAAGCAACGAAGUGAACGUGUCGAAAGAGGCACUGGUAACGUCGUGUCGGUAGAGUUUGCUGUGCUCUAUCAUUGGCAUGCAGCCUUGAGUGCAGCAGAUGCCGAUUGGAUGGAAGACCUAGUCAGAAAACAUCUUCCAGAAUUAAAGUCCAUGGACGACAUGAAGCCUCACGACUUUCACAAAGUUGUCGGUGCUGAAGCAGAAAAACUGAAGGCAAUGCAUCCCAAACAAUGGACAUUCGACAACUUGAAGAGAGGUCUCGAUGGAAGAUUUAGUGACGCAGAUUUGGGUAGAAUCAUUAAGGACUGUAUCGAAGAACCUGCUCAUGCCUUUGGUGCUCACGGCACACCGGCGAGUCUGAAAAUUGUGGAUCUAAUGGGUCAGCUACAAGCUCGAGGUGUCUUCAAUGUUUGCACGUUGAACGACUCCCUAAGGUUCAGAAAGUACUUACAUUUGAAGCCAUACGAGAACUUCAUGCAGUGGUGUGAAGACGAGGAAACUGCUCGAGACGCUGAGCUCUUGUAUGGACACAUUGACAACAUGGAACUCUAUCCAGGAUUGCAAGCAGAGUGCACAAAACCACCAAUGCCAGGCAGUGGUGUGUGUCCCGGUCAGACGACAGGACGAGGUAUUCUGGACGAUGCAGUUUCCUUGGUACGAGGCGACCGUUUCCUGACAUACGACAUGAACAGUAGCACGUUGACGAAUUGGGGAGUAUCCAAGAUAGCCGGUAGCGUUGCAGGAGGCUCUUAUGCAGGCAUGUUGCCAACGUUGCUGUUUGGUGCUCUUCCAGGUGAGUUCACUGGUACCUCCUCCUACGCUCUCCUGCCAUUUUACACUCCUAAAGCGGUUCGCGAGAUCCUCGAGGGCAACGGUGUGGUACAAAAGUACGACCUUCAGCGACCUCCCACGAACGUGACAAAGAUCGUCGGCAUCCACACACAAGAAGGAUGCAAGAGAGUCUUCGAGGAUCGUGACAACUUCCGUGUCAUGUAUCAGGCUGCCAUCAGGAAUUGUACAGAUGGACACGACUUCAUGAUUGGAUGGGAUCAGCAACGACGACACGACGAACGUUCGAACCUUCUGCACCAUAUUUUUUUCGAGCCAAACUUCGAGGCAAACGUGUCCCAGUUCUUCCGCACUCAUGUUCGACAAUUGAUCGAGAAGAAUUCCCUACAAUACGCAGACAAAAGGAACUCAAUCGAUAUUGUCAGAGACGUUACUAAUGUCACACCAAUCUUGUGGCUUGCAGAGAGGUUUGCCAUUCCUUUGAAGACAGCAGAACAUCCAAUGGGGUUGAUCACAAGAGCUGAGUUGUUUGAUCUUUACCUGGUCCUUUUCAUGUACCAAAGCUUCAAUAUUUUGCCUCAGAAUGAAUGGAAAUUGAGGGAAGGCAGCAUGAAAGUAGCACCGAUGCUACGAAAGAUCCUUGGAGGUCAUCUUGCAACUCAACAAGGUGGUUACAAGGAAGUAUUUGCUGAUUACCUGGAAAAGGGAUCAGCUUAUGAAGUCAAGCCUGAUGCUGACCGCCUCUACAAAGCCCUGGCCAAAUCUGGUCUGCCCAGUGGUGACCUUGUAGGUGAUUGUAUCGGCAUGGCUGCGCCAGUCGCUGGCAAUCUUACUCAACAGGCUUCGCUUCUCAUCGAUUUGUAUCUCAGUCCAGGAUACGAGAAAUACAAGGAGCGCAUCAUCGAGCUCGCACAUCGAGAUGAUCCUGCAUCUGACAAGGAAAUGCUCGGCUUCGUGUAUGAAGGCAUGCGACAUGCUGGUGUCGUGCCCGGCUUGCCACGUGUUGCAGCACAAGACAUCACUAUCACGGAUGGUCAGCGUGGUCCAAUUCGCAUCAAGGCCAAUCAGACUGUUCUGAUUGCAACCUCAAGAGCAGCCAUGGACCCUGUGGCAUAUCCUAACCCAGAGCUCAUUGACCCACAUCGACCUAUCUCCAGCUACAUACUUCUUGGACAUGGAUUGCACUACUGCUUCGGAGCACGUUUGGUUGCUCCUUCUCUUGUGCCAACCCUGAAAGAGGUCUUCAAGCUGAAGAAUCUACGAAGGGCACCUGGCAGGCAGGGUGAAUUUACCACACUCGAGCAUCAUGUGGCUGGUGUCAACAUGAGAGUUUACCUUGAUGCGAGUGCGAGGGAGAGCCCAAUUCCGACUACAUUGACAUUGAUAUACGACAGAGAGCCAUACAUGAAUGGACAUGCAUGA